AUGCUGGAUUGUAGUGUGAUGUAGCAAGCUUAACUUAACUGGAAGACAUUGAUUCGCAACUCGCGAGCGGGCAGCUGGUAACAUCUGGCGCAUGCCAUUUCAUCAGGCCCUUGCUGAAAGGGAGACGGUAAGCAAAUCGAUAGGAUCGAAAUCGGAACCUCAAUGUUCGGUGUGUAGUGAGUCUGCUCCUCUAGCGGAGGAGCAUCGAUGUGGUAUCGGUGUGUGUACAGUAGGAAACAGCAAUUAGAAGCAUGCAGCAUCAACAGCAGCAGUCGUUGUGGUUGUUGUAGUCAAGUCAGCUCUCAGUAGCUGCGUAGAUAGUUUUAUUCAUCAUCUCUCUUCAUCGCGACACGGGAGGAUCCUUUGCCGUUGGAUCCGAUGGCAGCAUGUAUUCAAAGAAAAGCUUCUAAGAUCACUUCGUCACUCACUUCUAUGUUGGUCGCUCGAUUUCGGGGCAAUUCAUUAGAAUGGUUAGUGUGUGAAAUGGCUUUUGAGAUGAAUGGAAAUAGAAGUGUAUUGCUCAACGGAAUUAUCCACCACCACCACCGCCAGUAGCGUCGAGGCAAGCCGGAGAAGUUUAGAGAAGAAUUGUAGUAGGAAUGAUCGCACUGAUUGCUGCAAACCGACCGGCAUCAGUAUGUUCUUCGAUUUUGUCCUCCUUCAGUAUUGUCACCUUUAUACAUACAGGUAUUAAGGCUGGGAUCCCGGUUCCCCGGAAAGAACAGAAAACUAGCGAAAUCAUUUGUACAAUCCCAGGUUUCAGUACUCUUCCUGCAUCUGAUAAGGACCACCACACCUCCCCUUCAAUAGUGCAAAACACAAGUAGCAACACUACAAGAGCAAGUGUUUCCGGUUUCCUUUCAUCUCCCCGCCACUAGAAACCAUGUUUAUGGCAGCUCCCGUGUGAAGACAAAUGUGUUUUUUAUAAACUCAAUCCAUCAAACACCAACGAUGAUCCUGUUCUGGCGAUCAUCGCACCUAAAGAAUGACUAAAUGUGAGUAAAAGGGAGAGAGAGCGAGAGUUAGUUCGAUGUUAUACCGAAUUCAAGCCAAUAUAUGUACGAUGGGUAGGAUGGACUAGCUUGGAUUGGAGUCGGCUAGCGCCCAUAGGAAAGGUCAGAAUGAAGACGGAAUUAAUGGAGGCGACGACGCGUUGCGACUAUUUAUGAGGAACAGAAACAGGUUAGCUUAGAACAUUCCAUCACAAUUGUAUUUUAGUUUAGCCAGUUGAAAGUAUAUAUAUAUACCGUAAAUAAUAUAUAUAUUUGUAUUUUAUACACA